AGAGCGCUCGCACUCUCUCGAACGCUCCACAUCCGUUGCUUGGGUCCCCGCUCCUCACACAGAUCAUCGCCGCGCAUUCGACUGCCCGCCCGAUUGCACACGCCGCACACAUCGCAGAGAGCCUGCAUUGUGCCAGCACGCAGAACUGCUCCCUCCCACGAGCCCAUUUUCUCGUCUUCUCUCCUUCCCCCUCCACCUCCCACAUUUUUCUUCCCGGCCGCUGACUUGCCCUUCCCGACAUGGACUCCGCCACCCGUGAGAAGCAUGUCUACCUCGCCAAAAUUGCAGAGCAGGCCGAGCGAUUCGAUGAAAUGGUCAAGGAGAUGAGCACCGUGGCUCGCGAAGCGGGUGACGGAGCGUCCGAGCUGUCCGUGGAGGAGCGCAACCUUCUCUCGGUAGCGUACAAGAACGUCAUCGGUGCGCGCCGCGCGUCGUGGCGCAUCGUCUCCUCCAUCGAGCAGAAGGAGGAGCACAGCGACAACGGGACGAACGCCGCCAAUAUCCACGAGUACCGUCUCUCCAUCGAGGCGGAGCUCAAGCAGAUAUGCAAGGACAUCCUCGCCUUGCUGGACGAGCACCUCAUUCCAUCGGCGGCCUCGGGCGAGUCCAAGGUUUUCUACUACAAGAUGAAGGGCGAUUACCACCGCUACAUGGCCGAGUUCACCGUCGAUCCAGAACGCAGGGAUGCCGCGCAGCUCUCGCUGGAGGCGUACAAGCAGGCCACCGAUACCGCGCUUUCCGAUCUCGUCCCAACACAUCCCAUUCGCCUCGGUCUCGCUCUUAACUUUUCCGUCUUCUACUACGAAAUUCUCAACAGCCCCGCGGACGCGUGUACCCUGGCAAAGCAGGCAUUCGACGACGCCAUUGCGGAGCUCGAUGCGCUCAGCGAAGACUCGUACAAGGAUUCCACUCUCAUAAUGCAACUGUUGCGCGACAAUCUCACUCUCUGGACAAGUGACGUCCCUGACGAUGAGGAGGAGGCAUUAGAAAUGGGCGGCGCAGAGAACGAAAUGCCAAGCGGUGAAAACCACGCAGCUGCUUAGGUAACGCAUGCCCUUCCGCUACCAUAAAUCGUGUCAAGGAGCAAUUGCUUGCGUUUCUUCCC